AUGGACAGAGAGAACAUCACGUCCAUGCUUUUAUUAGAGACAGUUUGUUCUGUCUGCCAGACUUGUUUCCGUGAUCCUGUGAUCCUAGACUGCGGGCACAAUUUCUGCCGUCCCUGCGUGGCGAAGUGCGAGGAAUUUUGCGGGAGAGUCCUCUGCCCUCUGUGCAAAAAUCCUCAGCCGAGUCGGAAACAGAACAUGAAAUUGGGCACAGUCACUGAACUGUUCCAGCAGCUGACCGUGUGUGCAAGACAAGCGUCAAGAGAGGAUGAAAUCUGCCUGCAGCAUGAGCAGCCCUUGAUUUUUUUUUGUAAGCGCGACAAGGCCCUCCGCUGCUCGAAAUGUGUUGAAUCCGUGGAGUCUCCAGCUGUUCUGGGUGUGGCAGAAGCUGUCCAAGAAUACAAGGUGGGGUUCCUCUAUAGGUGAGAUUUGAGGGGUGGGGAGAAAUAAUCUUUGCAUGUUUUAAACAAGGUGGCUGAGCUAGAGGAGGACUGUGGAUAGGGAGAGAGCUUGUUCCCUGAGGCUGUGUACACAUUAUACCUUUAAAGCAUUCUCUCCAACCCCCUCAGAGAAUUGUGGGAGCUGUAGUUAACCACUCACUGAGUUACAAUUCCCGGCAACCCUUUAACAAACUACAAUGCCCAAAAUUCUUUGUGGGGUGGAAGGAAGUUAUUUCAAUGUGCUUUAAAGGCAUAUCGUAUAUGGAGCCUGUCAUUGGAUAGGCUCGUUUAUGUUCUGUGUCUAAUGAAGUUGUCAGCUUGGCUAGGACGUAAGUCUUGUCCUGGCCUUGGGGACAAGGGGAGCACUGUGUGGUUUGCUGAGGGGUUUGCUGGGAAGAGGGCAUAGGAGACUGGGAAGCUAAUGAAUUGGAGUCCAGGAGCAAACUGAGUGGGGAAGAGGCAAAUGCCUUGAAAGAGGAAAUCAAAAUGAGGAGGACUGACUAAAAAUGCAAGCAACUGAGAAUAAGGACCAUUUUACAGGGUUUAGUUUUUGGAAGGUCGUUGCUUUGGUUUUGGGCCUUGCCCUCUAGUACUUGCAGGAGAACUUCUAAAAGGCCCAUUUUUUCUUUUCAGGAUUGUUACAUUCAGUACGCAGACACUAUAAAGAAGGAAAAAGAAGAGAUAAUGGCACACAAGUUAAGCACAGACCUGGAAAGCCAAUCGAUGCUUGUAGGUAGCCACUUUCACUGGGAAGCGAUCAAGUCGAACUGGGCUUCUUCAAAUGGUCUUGUGGAUUGUUAGAGGUGGCGCUGUGGGUUAAACCACAGAGCCUAGGACUUGCCAGUCAGAAGGUCGGCAGUUCGAAUCCCCGCGACGGGGUGAGCUCCCGUUGCUCAAUCCCUGCUCCUGCCAACCUAGCAGUUCGAAAGCACGCCAAAGUGCAAGCAGAUAAAUAGGUACCGCUCCGGCGGGAAGGUAAACGGCGUUUCCGUGCGCUGCUCUGGUUCGCCAGAAGCGGCUUAGUCAUGCUGGCCACAUGACCCAGAAGCUGUACGCCGGCUCCCUCGGCCAGUAAAGCGAGAUGAGCGCCGCAACCCCAGAGUCAGCCACGACUGGACCUAAUGGUCAGGGGUCCCUUUAACUUUUAUUGGUCCUAUUAUAAAUUAAAUAGUUAUAUUUCUGGGCUUCUUUGUGUUUUGUUUCUGGAAGCUGGGAGUGAAAGCUUUCCAGGGCAGGGAUAGCCAAUGCCGCACUCUCAGGGUGCUGUUGGUCUGCACCUCCGCUCCCCCCUUUGUUGACAAUUGGCCAUGCUGGCUGGGGCUGAUGGGAGUUGUAGUCCAACAACAUCUGCAGGGCACCAUAUUACCUAUCAUGAACAGUUCAGCCUGAACUAUGUUCUUUCCUGGAAACGUACUGUUGGUGACAGAUAAGACAACUUUUAUGCUGGCCCCAAGGCAUCACAUGCUGGGCACCUAGGUAAUAUGGAUGGGCUGUUAAGAAUCAUUCCUGUUAAUGUACAACUUGAUGCAUUUUUAUGGGGUUGGGGAGCAUGUUGAGAUUUAUUUAUUACAGUGGUACCUCGAGUUACAGACACUUCGGGUUACAAAUUCCACUAAACCAGAAGUAGUACCUUGGGUUAAGAACUUUGCCCCAGAAUGAGGACGGAAAUCACGCGCCAGUGGUGCGGCGGCAGCGGGAGGCCCCAUUAGCGAAAGCGAGCCUCAGGUUAAGAAUGGUUUCGGGUUAAGAAAGGACCUCCGGAACGAAUUAAGUUCGUAACCCGAGGUACAGUCAUACCUCAUGUUACGUCUGCUUCAUGUUACGUUCUUUCAGGUUACGUCCCACGGUGACCCAGAAGUACCGAAAAGGGUUACUUCCGGGUUUCACCACUCGCGCAUGCGCAGAAGCGCAAAAUGACGUCAUGCGCAUGCACAGAAGUGGCGAAUCGCAAACCGCGCGUGCACAGAUGUGCCGCUGUGGGUUGCACUCUUUUCAUGUUGCGAACAGGCAUUCGCAACCAGAGGUACCACUGUACUAUAUUAUUAUUAUUAUUAUUAAUGUGAAUCAUUUUAAAAGACAUACUGUUUUUUUCGCUCUAUAGGACGCACCCGACCAAAGGACGCACCUAGUUUUAGAGGGGGAGAAAAAGAAAAAAACAUUCUCUCCCUCUCUGUGUAGCGCCCCUUCAGCGAAGUGGCAGGAGAAAUGGAGCCCCUUCCAUUCCUCCUCCCGCUUCGCUGAAGGGGCGAAGCACCUCUGCUGCGAAGCCAAGAGAGCAAGAGGGAUCGGUGCGCACCGAUCCCUCUUGCUCUCCUUGCUUCAGUGAAAGCAACGCGAAGCCUCCGGAGCCCGGAGGGAGCGCUCCCACUGCGCUUCGGAGGCUUCGCGUUGCUAUCGCUGAAGCUAUGGAGUCUGCAUUUGCUCCAUAAGACGCACACACAUUUCCCCUUAAUUUUUGGAGGGGAAAAAGUGUGUCUUAUAGAGCGAAAAAUAUGGUACCCUCCUUCCUCAGAGGCUUUUGUAGGGAUGUCUCUGUGUGUGUGUGUGUGUGUGUGUGUGUGUGCGCGCGCGCGCGCGCGUGUGCGCUUUGGUUAUGUUUAAAGAAUUCCUUUUGUAUACCACUUGCGUCCUAAUGCUGUGCUGACCAACUUCCUGUCUUCCAAUGUGCUUCCUCCCCCACAUCCCCACUUCCAAAACAUCUCCAUCUGCUUCUUGAAGGAAAAGGCAGAAAUCAUCAAGCAAAGGAUGACGUCCGCUUUCAAGGAAAUAAACGAGUUUCUGGCACAACAAGAGAAGUUUCUUCUUGCCCAACAUGCGGAGAUGAUGCUGGACAUUGCGAGGGGAAGGGACAAGCACGUGGUCAGACUGUUUCGGCGUGUCGCCUUUCUGGAUAGCAUCCUCGAGGAGAUGGAGAAGUGUCACCGGACGCCAAAUGAGCUCCUGAAGGUUAGGCUGUGGCAGAACUGGCAGGGGCUUUUCUCUUUGGGGUGGGCUGGUACCAAACUCUCAAUUCACUUUACCACAGGCAGCCUUAUAGCCACUUUGCGAUUCCACUCCUUGUUAAAAACUGUUUCACUCUGCAAAUCUCAGGCUCUUCUUGGUGCUAGCUAGUGAUGAGCCUCUGAAUGUCUUCUUGUGUACUUUAUUUAUUUCUGUUUCUAUCUCUAUUAAAUUUUUUACCUAUCCUUCACCAUGAGGACCUGGGGAAGGUUACAUCCAUUAAAAAAUAAUACAUUUAAAAAUACCUCGUUUUGAGUCCGGGAUCCGUUCUGGAGCCCCGGAUGCUAGACGAAAAGGAUGCAUGACAAAGCGCCGCUCUGUGCACUUGUCCAGAGUAGUUUGCGCUUCUGCACAUGCUCAAAGCGCGAUUUAAUGCCUCUGUGCAUUCACGAGCAGCAAACCUGGAAGUAACUCAUUCCGGUACUUGCGGGUUUGCUGCGGACAUUCGACAAAAUGGAGGCUUGGCAAGGCAGACUCAAAAUGAGGUGCCACUGUAUUAAAAUUUCUGGGGGUUGGGCAGGGCCUCAUAUAUCUCCUAUGCUGACCUGCCUCACAAGGUUGAUGUUUAGAUAAUAAGAGAAACACCCACAUAUGCUGUUUCAAGUUCCUGGGAAGAAAUGAUUAAUAUAUAUAUAUAGGCUUGGAUUGUUUUUGGGUUGGCUAAAUUUUUGUGAAACAUCUCUCACUGCUGUGCCACAAAAUGUUGGAAGCGAAGGUUCCCUUCUUUGCCAUAUAAAGUAGACUGCCAUCAGCUGCUAUUUUGUGAACGUUGUUAAUAUUGCUUUACGGAUGUAGUGAUUAAUCAUAUAAUGCGACUUUUGCUUUAAUUAUGAUGUUUAGCUUUCUUUUUUUAGCUGCUGCCUUGUUUUAUAGAUCAUCAUUGUUUUUCUGAUUGGUUAAUUAUUCUAUAUGACUUAGGCUGUAUUUGUGGUGUUCUAUUGUUUCUUUAUUGCUUAUUGUUAUUUAUUGUUUGUAAGCCACUUUGGGAUUUAUUUGAAUGAAAAGCGACAUAGAAAUCUAAUCAAUCAAAUCAGGGAGCAUUGCUCUCUGAAAUCUUCCAGAAUUGCCUGAAGCAGGAACUGAACUACAUCUCUCUCUUUCUCCCCUCUCCCCCCUCUCUUUCUCUCUCUCUUUAUAGGGUGUUAGACGCACCUUGGAGAAGUAAGUGGGUCCCAUAGCAACACACAUCCUGCAGAGUAAAACAUAUUGGAAGUUCUGGCUUAAUAUUGUGGGUUUGUAAUGGACACUUGUCCCAGUUCUGGUCCUUUUUUCCAUCUGGUUCUAGACUUGGAUGGCCUUUGGGUUCCUAAAAGCCAUAGUCCCAGCCCCAUGUUACCUCCAUACCCUGCCUGUAAACCUGAGGUUUUCUGAUGAACGUAUCAUCCUUGGUUAACAGUUAGCAAACACAGUUGGCUGUUGCUGCUGCUCUACACCCAACAUGGGAGGGACAAAUGGGUAAAUGCGAAUAAAUAAAUAAACUUAACUCAAAGUAGAAACUGUAAAGAUUUAGACAGAUUUUUCUGAGCACUUGAGGUCAAAAGAACGGUAAUUGAAAACAACUGUUUUCAAAACAUUUCAUUCCGAAUCUCCUAGACAGAGAGGUUGAUGACAGGUGGUUGUCCUGCUCUCGCCCCCCAAAUAAAUCCUGGCUACACCCAUGACUCCCAAAAACCUUGAAACAAACCCUACACAUUAUUCCCCGUCCCCACAGCCUCUCCUUGGAGCAGAGGGAGAGGAGGUUGUAAUUUAGGCCAGGUAAUGAGAGAGGGUAACCAGAAUGCUUCACUGCUAUGCAUACAGCAAUUGGUAGGGGUCAGGAAUAUUCCAUUGAAUUUGGGUCUCUGGCUAUAGUCCAGAUUGAGCUCAUUUGCUCUUUACUGCUUCUGUAUUGUGAGGUUGGUUGCUUAAAAAAUAAAUCUUUUCCAGAUUUGAGAAGGAGUUUGCGAGUCCAGUGGCUUUUCCACCAGUAAAGCGAUGGGGACUCUAUGGCUGGCAUGAUUUGACGUUUCUUCUGCACUCUGCUGUAGAAAAAUUCGCAGGUGAGAGAAGGGCUGGGGCAAAAAAAGUUAAAAUAGUACUCCAAAAGUGUGUGUCUGCUGCUUUAGUCCUUGAGCCUGGCAGGAUGAAUGGGCAAUUCUGAGCAUUGCUUGUGAAGUUGGCAAUAGUUAACUGUGUGGAGGGCAGUGGUAAAAAUGGCUUUUUAGAAGAGUUUGGAAGAGUUUGGAUUUGAUAUCCCGCUUUAUCACUACCCGAAGGAGUCUCAAAGCAGCUAACAUUCUCCUUUCCCUUCCUCCCCCACAACAAACACUGUGUGAGGUGAGUGGGGCUGAGAGACUUCAAAGAAGUGUGACUGGCCCAAGGUCACCCAGCAGCUGCAUGUGGAGGAGCAGAGACGCGAACCCGGUUCCCCAGAUUACGAGACUACCACUCUUAACCACUACACCACACUGGCUCUCUCUUUUAGAUCUUGUUUUGGAAUUUUGUUACCUAGGACAGGGUCAGGGAAGCUUUUGCAGCCCAGGUUUCCUUCUGGGUGAUCUUCUGAGGGCCACAUUCCAGUGAUGGAGGGGGCCAGAAGCAGAGGCGGUGGAGCAGCAUCUGAAGAUGUUUCUGCACUCAUUCACAUGUGCCUCUCUGUCCUCCACGCAAGCAAGAGGCUUUGUGAAAUGUUCAAGGACGCAUGGCAGAUGGGCAAAAAGUCUGAGUGUGAAGCAGUGGGUGGGGAAAGAACUGUUUGAAUGAGUUAUGUGCUUUUGCUUAAUGUGUGUUCUUUCCCCCCUAGGCACUCUGAUAUCUGGAUAUGAAAUACAGGAAGGUAAACCAAUGGGGGCCCAAAUUCACAGGAUGGCUAGUUGGAAUAAUACAUUUUAGCCAUCAGGUGAUGGGCUGAAGAGGAACACUUUAAAAAGAGUUCCUCCUGAAAGUUGUUAAUGAGGGCAAAGGAUGUACCUCAUUCCAGAAAUUGGGAACUAACCCCCAGAAGGCCUGGUCACAAGUCAACACCAUCAUUAUGGUGCCAUCGCUGUUUUCUAUUGCCAGGCAAACAUACACUAGUAUUUACCCAGGCCUCUGGAUCUUAAUUUUCUGCUUGUCUUUUAGUUGAGUUUGAUCUGCUCUUUUAGAUAGAUUAUUGGUGCAUUUUAGGUUGUGCUCGCUCUUGCUCACAAGUCACUUUGAGUUGACCUUUCUGAAGAAAAAGUGAUUAAUGAAUAUGAUAAAUAAUAGCCAGGCAGCCCCGAACAGCAGCACAAUGAACUUGUUCAUAAGGCACAAUAUCAGGUUGUUGAUUUUUCAUCUGGAACUCUCCGGAACUCAGUUCUGGCACCUCUUAGGUGGGCACCAUUGCCAUUCUAAGAGAACAAGGGAAGUGUUCACAGUGAAUUCUGGCACCUCUUUUCCCAGAAAAAUAGCACUGUACGAUGGAUGAGGAGUGAAGGGUGCUCUUUAGACAGACUUUGGAGCCAGCCACAGCUGGACCGCUUUUCUCCCUAGUUCAGGUUAUGAAUUGUUCUCAGCCUGACUGCUGGUUUCGCCAUAAUUUACAUUCUCCUUCUCUCUGCCUUCUAGCAAGCGUGACUUUGGAUCCAGACAUGGGUAGCCCGCAGUACUCCCUAUCUGAUGAUCUGAAAAGUCUGUGGAAAGAUGGCCCUCUAGAUCUGCCUGGGUCUGGUGAUGUCCCUGGCCUCCUUCCUUUUGCAUUGGGAUGUAAUGUAUUCACCACAGGCCGCCACUGCUGGGAAGUCACGGUGCACGGUGAGAACGACUGGGCUGUGGGCGUGACCAGGAUUUCUUUGAAGAGGAAGAAGAGAAGCACAGCUGUCUUUAGCCCCUCAGAAGGGAUCUGGGCGAUAGGCAAGUGGAAAGGCGGCUAUGCAAUGUUCACCUCUCCCAAAACUCCUGUGCCCAUGAGCGGAGAGGUGCUGAAGAGGAUCAGAGUGUCCUUGAACUGUGAUGGGAAGCAGGUGUCUUUUGCCAAUGCUGACAGUGGCGCUGUGCUUGCCAAGUUCCAGACAGCUUCAUUCUUGGGGGAGUCCCUUCUCCCCAUCUUCUGGUUGGACGGAAAAACCUGCCUCUCUGUCUCCUGAGGCAGCCAUGCUUCACCCCACAGGCCCUCCUGCCCACUGACCUCCAGCCUCUCGUUCCUCACUUCACAUUUCCCUCUACCACUGUUCCUCACCCCUGACUCCACCAUCCAUGGAAAUGACUCUUCUCGUGGUGUGGCAUCGUAGGCCGAAUCUCUGUAUUCGCCUUGGCCGUUUGCUUAGUACGUUUAAGGGAGUUUCUCAGCCAAUGAGGGGCCUUCUGUGAGAUUUUUGUUUUUCCCAGCAAGAGAAGAGGAUCCUGAUAUGAGGAGGGUUGGGGGUUGAACCCGGUAAAUUCAGGGUUUAGUAUUCCAUAAGAGAACACUCCUGUUUUAUUCACCACAAUUUGUUUUAUAGUUGUGAAUGAAGCAAAUGUUCAUUUUUUUAAAGAACAAAGAGCACGUGUGUUCACUUUUUUGUUUUGUUUAGGGCAUGGGAAUGGUGAAUUUGGGAUGGC